AUGAACUCGAUCAUCUCCACACUGACAUUUCUAGCACUCAUUCUGGCCAUCUAUUCCAUGCCCGAUCCACCUUCGUUUCCUAUUAAAGAAAUUUGCGCUGCAUACGGUGAAAAAUGUGUGAACAAACUGAACAGAAGGGACUGCCCGCAGAGAAUUGUGGAAUGCGAGAAGUAUGCAAACCAAGGAGUUAGAACAACAUGGUCUUUCUGCAUGUUCUCCAACAACUACGAUCUUUCCGCAUGUCAUCAGAGGUCACAAAUCGACUUCCAAAUCAUUCAGUCAUGGAUCAGCAAGGAUCAAUUCAAGUACCUUCCAGAAUAA